AUGUACCUUUCCCUGCGAGACCCAUCCCCCAGUGCAAAUGGUUUCUCCCCCCUAGCAAUUCCAACCCCAGUGGGAGCCACUGCCAAAUUCAACCUCCCUCUAGAUAUCCUCCUCCCACUCCUCCUCUUCCCAACCAUCUUUCUAGCCCAUCACAUCCGAAAAGACUACCAUGCCUACCUAGCUCUAGGCCCUGGAGGAGUACCCUCAACCCCAGCAGGGUACCUCCAGAUCUGCAUCCUGCGGCCCUUCGCCGUCCGAAACCCCCUGGCACCACCUUCCCUCCCAUGCACUCUCCUCCCCCAAGAAGGCUAUCUCAAAAGCCGCAAUCUCCCAGACCGCACCGGGCCACGUCCUAAAGUAGUCGGCAUCGUACCGCACCGACAAACGACCCAGAGGGCGAGUGCAGAAAUGUACGCAGCGCUGACGAAGGAAAUUCACGGCCUCGUCAAUGCUCACCCCUCCGUACUUUACACAGGGACAUCAUGCUUCGAGAAGCAUAGUACAGGAAUCUUCUGUAGGCUUGGCCCGGCUGCGUUGUCACGUCAAGAGCAGCAGCAGCAACGGAAGCGACUCACCUGUAACGGGGAGGUCUGCCAUGCGCAUCCGAUUGACGGGAGCUUGCAUCUCACGCUACACCCGGUGGAUGUGCGGCUUGUGCUGGAGAAAGGUUGGGGGGAAAGACACCCGAUUGCUCGAGAGGAUUGGUGGUGGUGGAGGCGCUCCGUGCCGUCCGGGUUUGUCCUGAUCUAUGCUCCGAGGACUGAAGAAGAGCGGAGAUGUGUAGUGGAAAUCAUUCGCGCGGCGGCAUGGUGGGUGCGAGGGGAAGCAUUGUCUAGAUAUUUGCCAGAGUAA